AUAAGCCGCUACGGUUGGCUUAGUACUUAGUAGAGUUUCCAACUGGGUUGGUGAUGUCGUUGUUAAAGAGUCACUUUACAUUUGAAGCAUCAUGGCCAAAUAUGCGUCCAAUUAUCUUAAAGCUCUUGAAGCAGGAGCCUGUAACACAAACAGAUUGGCAAGACCUAUUUUAUUCUGUCCAUCUGGUGUGCCUCGACGAAAAAGGUCCACCCAAAUUAAGAGAAGCUUUAAAAGAAGAUAUUAUGUUUUAUAUCAAACAAGCUCAAAAGAGAGUUAUGGCACAUCAAGAAGAACAGGCUCUGCUCAAAGCAUAUAUAGCAGAAUGGAGAAAGUUUUUCACUCAAUGUAAUUAUUUACCCACACCAUUUAGACAGCUAGAAGCAUCGUUACGAGGCAAGGCAAGUAGUAGUCUACAAAAGAAAAAUCAACCUGAUGAAAGUAUUGUUAGGAAGUUAAUGUUGGAUAGCUGGAAUCAAAGUAUAUUCAAUGAUAUUAAACAGAGGCUGCAAGAAUCAGCUAUGAGACUAGUUCGUACGGAAAGAAAUGGAGAAGUUUUUGAUUCACAACUUGUAAUUGGAGUUAGGGAAUCGUAUGUAAAUUUGUGCUUGAAUCCAUCAGACAGGCUAGAAAUCUACAAAGAAAAUUUUGAAGCAGCUUACAUUGAAGAAACCGAAGCCUUUUAUUGGGUGAAAGCUCCUGAGCAGUUAUCAAAUCAUGGUGUAGAACAUUACAUGAAAUAUGCGGAACAAAAGUUGAAGGAAGAGGAGCUGCGUGCCCAAAAGUACCUUGAACCAAAUAGUGCUAGUGUGCAAUUGUUGAUGGAGCGGUGCGUUAAAGUGUUAGUCGCACACUUCAAGUCUGCCAUUCUUGCAGAGUGUCCUAGAAUGAUUCAGCAGCAUCAAACAGAGAAACUGAGAUUAAUGCUGAAACUAAUGGAUCGAGUACCAGAUGGAGUAACGCCAAUGCUCCAAGACCUGGAGAAUCACAUAGGAACAGCAGGUCUCGAUGACAUGAUGGCGGCGGUAGACAUAAUUACACAAGACUCGGAAAAGUACGUGGAGCGGUUGCUUGACCUGUUCCGUCGAUUUUCCACUCUUGUCAAAGAAGCUUUUGACGAUGAUCCCCGUUUCCUUACGGCUCGCGACAAAGCUUACAAACUCGUCGUUAAUGACUCAUCGGUGUUCAAACUGGAGUUACCAAUUAGGCAAGGUACUGGUGUUGCCUCGAUCACUCCACCUGCCGCGGUGCCAGCACCUACUGUCAUACCAAACUUCAAUACGAACAAACCAGCCAAUGUGAUGAACGGCCAGCCGGAGUCUAAGUGUCCGGAACUUCUGGCGAAUUACUGUGAUAUGCUACUGAGAAAGACGCCGCUAAGCAAAAAACUUACGUCCGAUGAAAUCGAGAGCAAGUUGAGAGAUGUCCUGUUGGUAUUAAAGUACGUUCAAAAUAAAGAUGUGUUUAUGCGGUACCAUAAGGCGCAUUUGACUCGAAGAUUGAUACUCGACACGUCCGCGGAUUCCGAAAAGGAAGAGAAUAUGGUCGAAUGGUUGAGAGAAGUAGGAAUGCCAGCGGAUUAUGUUAAUAAAUUGGCGCGGAUGUUUCAGGAUGUUAAAGUCUCGCAGGAUUUAAAUCAACAAUUCAAAGAGCAGUGUCGAGCGACAAUUGCAGAUAGCAUAAAUAUUAAAAUACUAAAUGCUGGAGCUUGGGCAAGAGGUAGCGAGCGCGUGACUGUUAGUUUGCCGCUUCAGCUAGAAGAUUAUAUACCUGAGGUUGAAGAAUUCUAUAAGAAAAAGCACAGUGGAAGAAAGCUUCAGUGGUAUCACCAUAUGUCCAAUGGAACGAUUACAUUUUGCAAUCAAGUAGGUAAAUUCGAUGUUGAUGUGACGACUUUUCAAAUGGCUGUACUGUUUGCUUGGAAUCAACGUCCAUUUGAGAAAAUUUCAUACGAAAAUCUUCGAUUAGCCACGGAAUUACCAGACCCUGAAUUGAGACGGACGCUUUGGUCGCUAUGUGCUUUUCCAAAAAUAAAACGCCAGUUGAUAUUUGCUGACCCACCUGCUCACAGCCCAAAAGAUUUUUCACAAUCAACGAAAUUUUGGGUUAAUCAGGAGUUUGCACUUAUAAAAAAUGGAAAAUUGCAAAAGAGAGGAAAAAUCAAUCUGGUUGGACGUUUGCAGUUAUCGACUGAACGUAGUAAAGAAGAAGACAAUCAGUCAAUUGUUCAACUUAGGAUACUACGCGUACAAGAAGCGAUCAUUAAAAUUCUAAAAAUGCGAAAGAAGAUUCCAAAUAGUCAGCUACAGACAGAACUAGUUGAUAUACUAAAGAAUAUGUUUUUACCUAGUAAAAAAAUGAUCAAAGAGCAGAUAGAAUGGCUCAUCGAACAUAAGUACAUUCGGCGGCACGAUAAUGACAUCAAUACUUUUGUUUAUAUGGCAUAACGAUAAUUAUGCAUAACAUAACGAUUAAUUCGUUUUUUGUCUAAUAUAUUAUAUUUUUAUAAUAACUUGAGCUACGAUUCAAAGACUCGAGUUAGAAAAAUGUGGCAUAUUUAUAAAGUUAUAUACAGAAUGAAGAGUAAUUUUGCAAUUGGAGAUAAUAUUUGAAAUGAUACGAUUGACAUCGAGGAUUAUUAUUCAUUUUUGGGUCUGGGUACAAGUCACUUUAAAAUUGAAGAAUCAUCUCCAGAUGGAUUGUACAUGCAUUUGUAAGGUAGUAGUUAUAGUAUUUACUAAUUUUAAGAAAAAUAAAAUGAGCAAUUUUCUAAGACUCAUAUUUUCUUUAUGCUAUUUGCUAUUGAUUUGAAACUGACCACCGUUGAAAAUAUUUAUUUUUUGAUUUACAUGCGAUGUCCUAGGAAGUUUUGAGGUAAAUUAUUGACUGUUUUCUUAUAUCUUUUCCAUAUUUUUAAAUUUAGUAUGAAAAUAUUGGUACUGUUCACUAGAUACCUGUUCACUAGGUGUAUAUUUUUAACUUGAUUUUAAUGAUUUUUGUGUACAUUAUUAUAACAAAAACUAACUUUGAUGAAUCAUAAAUUCUGUAAUAUAAGUUUUGACAUUAA